UCUUAUAAAUGUACAACCUACCCCAUGCAAAUACACCAGUCUCCCCUUAAAAACCUUCCAUGGAAAACCGCCAUAAAAAAAGCUCCUCCGCCGGCACAUUCUCCUUCCCGAGCACUCUGAUCCACGACCAAGACUCCGACUUUGAGUUCGGGUGCUUCACCCCAGACUCGGCCUCCAGCACUGGUCCCUGCAAAGACUCCCCCGCAGACCACUUGUUCCUCAAUGGAAGGCUCUUGCCACAUGCCUUCCCAUUUCAACCUAUUAGCAACGGCUUUAUGGUCGUUGAUAAUAUUUCUCGGAGAACAAGCCGGACGAGCAGCAUUAGCAGCAAGGACUCUCUCAUGUCGUCGAGAAGCAAUAGCACCAACAGUAGGAGUAGCAGUUGUAGCAGCAGUGCUAGGACAAGCUCAAGUGACAAUUCCGAGAGGAAGUUCGUGUAUCACUCCAAAUUAUCAUCCGAUACAAACAAAGGCAACAAACCUAAUAACAAUAUUUCAAGUCAUCAAGUUUAUGGGAAUUCGCAGAGGUGGCAAUUCAUAACAGCAGUGCCCGUGCCGGCUUCUUUAAGCCGUAAUAAUUCGCGGAAGAAAGUGAUCAAAGUGGAUCAGCUUGAAAGAAAAGAGAAAUCCGUUAAGGCGAAGAAAAAUAGCCGGGUGAAGACGGUGGUGUUCCAGCGGAGAUUCUUAUAUGGCCGGAGGUUUUUCCGGUGGCUUGUUUCGACGUGCAAAAAAUGUCACGCAAUGGAGCCAUCCAAGAAAAGUACUAAUGAUAAUGCAAUUAAAGCUGGAAAUUAGUCAAAGUGAAUUGUGAAGUUACAUUAAUUAAUGAUUUUUAUCUGUUAAUUUUGUAAUUUUGAAGUUAGUUUAUAUAUAUGUAAGGUUUUGAGAGAAUACAUAAUGGCUUUAGCU